CCAUUUCACAGGCUGGUGUGCCCUACAGGCAACCCAGUAAAAUACCACCAGCCACAGAGAGCCUGUAAAUUCCGCUAACCAGAAGGGCUCUCCCCGCCCCCUCUCCCCGCGCAGCUUGCUCUGCCCUCCUCCUCCUCCUCUCCGCCCACUCUCGCCGCGGUCUCCUGGCGGCGGCGGCUUUGUCUCGUGGGCUGGUCCCUGGCGGCUCCCUCCCCCGAACAGCUGCCACCAAGGGAAGAAGAGGCGCGGGAGCUGUCCAGCACCCCGGUGCUGAAACCUCGAGCGGCUCGUCAUCCACCACCACCAUGUAAGGGCCAUGAAAAGGGCUCGUCCUGGCGCAGCGCGGACAUGGAGGAGGACUUAUUCCAGCUAAGGCAGCUGCCGGUGGUGAAAUUCCGUCGCACAGGCGAGAGUGCAAGGUCAGAAGACGACACGGCUUCGGGAGAGCAUGAGGUCCACAUUGAAGGGGUCCGUGCAGGCCUAGAGGCCGUCGAGCUGGAUGAUGGGGCAGCUGUGCCCAAGGAGUUUGCCAAUCCCACUGACGAUACUUUCAUGGUGGAAGAUGCGGUGGAAGCCAUUGGUUUUGGAAAAUUUCAAUGGAAGCUGUCUGUUCUCACCGGCUUGGCUUGGAUGGCCGACGCCAUGGAGAUGAUGAUCCUGAGCAUCCUUGCACCACAGCUGCACUGUGAGUGGCGGCUUCCCAGCUGGCAAGUGGCAUUGCUGACCUCGGUGGUCUUUGUCGGUAUGAUGUCCAGCUCUACUCUCUGGGGAAACAUCUCGGACCAGUAUGGCAGGAAAACAGGGCUGAAGAUCAGCGUGCUCUGGACCCUUUACUACGGCAUCCUCAGUGCUUUCGCGCCUGUGUACAGCUGGAUCCUGGUGCUCCGGGGCCUGGUGGGCUUCGGGAUUGGAGGGGUCCCCCAGUCGGUGACGCUGUACGCUGAGUUCCUUCCCAUGAAAGCCAGAGCUAAGUGCAUUUUGCUGAUUGAGGUGUUCUGGGCCAUCGGGACGGUGUUCGAGGUCAUCCUGGCUGUGUUUGUGAUGCCCAGCCUGGGCUGGCGUUGGCUGCUCCUUCUUUCAGCUGUCCCGCUCCUCCUCUUCGCUGUCCUGUGCUUUUGGCUGCCAGAGAGUGCAAGAUAUGAUGUGCUCUCUGGAAACCAGGAAAAGGCCAUUGCCACCUUAAAGAGGAUAGCCACGGAAAACGGAGCCCCCAUGCCUCUGGGGAAGCUCAUCAUCUCCAGACAGGAAGACCGAGGCAAAAUGAGGGACCUUUUCACACCCCAUUUUAGAUGGACAACCUUGUUGCUGUGGUUUAUAUGGUUUUCCAAUGCGUUUUCUUACUAUGGACUAGUUCUGCUCACCACUGAGCUCUUCCAGGCGGAGAUGGUGUGUUCUAUCUCCAGCCGGAAGAAGGCCGUAGAGGCAAAAUGCAGCCUGGCCUGCGAGUACCUGAGUAAGGAGGAUUACAUGGACCUGCUGUGGACCACGCUCUCUGAGUUCCCAGGUGUCCUUGUGACUCUCUGGAUUAUCGACCGCCUGGGCCGCAAGAAGACCAUGGCCCUGUGCUUUGUCGUUUUCUCCUUCUGCAGUCUCCUGCUGUUUAUCUGUGUCGGAAGAAAUAUGCUCACUCUUUUACUCUUCAUUGCAAGAGCGUUUAUUUCUGGAGGCUUCCAAGCAGCCUAUGUUUACACACCUGAGGUCUACCCCACGGCGACCCGAGCGCUGGGCCUGGGCACCUGCAGCGGCAUGGCAAGGGUGGGCGCUCUCAUCACCCCGUUCAUUGCUCAGGUUAUGCUGGAAUCUUCCGUGUACUUGACGCUGGCGGUUUACAGCGGCUGCUGCCUCCUGGCUGCCCUGGCCUCCUGCUUUUUGCCCAUCGAGACCAAAGGCCGUGGACUGCAGGAGUCCAGCCACCGGGAGUGGGGCCAGGAGAUGGUCGGCCGAGGGGCACACGGCACAGGUGUCGCCAGGUCAAACUCAGGCUCUCAGGAAUAGUGACCAGUGGCGGGGCUGAGCUGGUCUUGGAAGCUGUAGAGCGUGGGGAGCUGGUGGAGCCCUGCUGGGGCACCAGCCGUCACUGCCGACAUCAAGAACUCACCCUAGAACUUCACCUGGACCGACGAGGUUUUGUGUCUUGACUCUGCUCAUAUUCAUCGAGAUCCACCCGGGGAUGGGGAGGCUUUUGCUCUGGGGGGUCUUCUGUAUGUGUGUGUGGAGGUUUGUUAGUAACCUGUGGAUCUGCAUGGGAAAACUGCCACUUCAGGAGUGCCCAGUGACGCCAGUAGCCAGCCAGACACCAUCCAGAGUCAGCUGGUCACACCCUCGGUGAACAACCACCCAAAGAUCUCUGUACAGUCCAGGCCCAAACCCUGUGAGACCUGUCGCCCAGUAAGGUGACACCUGUCACCUGUUCUUAGGUUUGUCCUGCACCCCCAGCCCCAGGCUUUCUUCUUUGAAAUUGCAGGUGACUUGGGUGUAGCCUGAGCAGCUUUUUCUUGGGUCUGAGAAAAGCUCCCGGGGAAGGGGCCCCUCAGUUUGCGCCCCUGCCCCAAGGGCCUGAGUAGUGGGGACUCUGGCGGAUGGACAUGAAUUUGAACUUGAGCCGCAUGCCUCCACCUGGCCCCCUCCUGGAGUUGCUGUCCCUGGCUCCAGGGGAUCCAGAUGUGUCCAGGAAGAUGACUGGGCUUGUACCAGAUGACAGCCUCAGAAAGCUGUUAUUGCCAGGAACUGGGGGUGAAGGCAAAUAGAGGUGAGGACCAAGCCCACAGCCAAAGCAGCCCCCCACACCCCGGAAGCAGCAAAGGCUGCACUGGGGGCUUCUCUUCUGGCCCCGUCCUCAGUCAGUCUGGUUGGUGACUCUUGGGGCAAGAAAACAGUUAACUCAGGUUUCAGCGCUUUGGAUUUUGAGCGUGGUGUGUGGCCAAGUGGAUGGAGAAAUGGAAAGAUGCUACACCAACCACCCGCUCAGGGUAGGGGACCAGGAAUCCUUUCUCCCUAGAUUCUCUGCUGCCCCUGCUAUCAAGGGCCAGCUUGGUCUUUACACAGAGGCCGCUCUGGGGUUUCUAGUGAUGGACUGCAUGGUAGGGAUGCUGCAGGUGGGGAGGAACAGGAGGGUCCAGAGGUAUGAAACAAGUGCAUUUUCAAAGUAAGAGAAGGGAGGUCAACCAGCUUUGGGGAUUGGCCUCAAGAGGAAGGGCUGACCCUGCAUCUCAGCAGACAACAUCCACCUCUAGGAUUUAGUUUCCACGAGCCUUUACCCAUCAUGAAGGCAGGAACCUAGGGACAGAUGCCAGAUCCCAUCAAAGGCCAGAGAAGACCGACCCUCUGCUUGGAGGUAUCUGCUUGGAGUGAACAUUGCAAAGAAGCCAAACGUGUACGUUCAUCUUUAUUAAAACAUGUCGGUGAUGGACAUUGCAAGGGUCGAAGUUUGUCCAUUUGUCAUAGCAUCCUAGUGACGCUUCAGCUUAAUGGUCUCACCAACUUUGUUCAGGGUAAGCUCAGUGCUUUAAUAUGCUUUAAUGGGACAAUCUUUCCAGCAAGGGGGAAGAGUUGCACAGCUGGCUGCCAAUUGUGACUUUUGAGUUGUUGGAAACAACACAUUCCAAUGGUGAAGAGGUCCCAGUGGGUGACUUUGUCAGGCUCAGGCCCUAGGUUGAUUGCAAGCAGUCUCAUGUCCCUAAAUAUAUGGGCUGCAGCCCCCCUGGCCCAGGCAGGCAGGUGGUGGGGAGGGGGGCAGCUUGGCAGAGUUUCUGCUCUCUGACACCCACAUUUCCUUGCACCCUGAGUGGCUAAAGCACUAAUUAUUGCUGGUCUGCUGAGCUCUCCUGGGUAACCCACAACCUUUGCUUGUCUUUUUUGCCUUCCAGCUGGCCAGACACUGCCGGAUGAGCAAGUCCACUCUUUUUCACCCUCAAAUAACCUGGAGGAGCUGAGGGCUGCAGAGGGGAAGGAGGACUUGGUUGGCAGAAUUGUUUUCUAGGGGCUGGAGUAAAGCAGCUUGUAGUUGAGGGCUUUGUUUCUUGAGGAAAUGAAAGUUGAAAACUCUUUGCCUUCUAAAUUGCCUGCCCUUUUGUAAAAUCAAUAUUAUUGAAUCAUAUGAAAGCUGCUACAAAAGUCGCUCAAGCAUCUGAUAUGCACAAGGCCUUUAGCUAAAGACCUUGUGCCUAAUUUUUGAAGUACCCAAAGACUCCCCUUUCUAUUAAUGGAAAUGUCAUCAGUUUCUCUCGGUGUUAGGAAAGAUUUUAGAAAAUGGCAAAAGAUGUCAAAAGGUAGCUAGAGUUACAUGGUUACUUUCUUUCUCUUACUUCAAGUAUGUUCAGUAUCAAUGAGAUGUGCAGGCAGCAAGACCAAAGAAUAUCUUAGAGAUGGACUUCUAAAUGAAUAUGAAUGAAUAUUCUUUUUAGUUUUUUUUUUUUCUUUGGCUGGGGAAGUUCCUGGGCCACGGGUCAAAUCUGAGCCAUAGCAGUAGCCAGAGCCACAGCAGUGACAAUACCACCUCCUUAACCCACUGAGCCACCAGGGAACUCCAGGUAUUCAUUAUUUUCAAAUAAUGUUAAGCGACAGAGAGCCUUGAAGGAUGAGAUCAGCAGUCUCCCUUGGUUACUACAAUAAACAUCAAAGGACUGGGAUAACUUUGGGCUGUGAGAAACAGUAAAACCAGUCAAUAGCAGCUUAAACCAUUAGAAUAUUAAUUCUUCAUUUAACAACAAGCCUAGAGAGUUAGGCAGCUCAACAGUUGUCAUCAAGGACCCGGCUUCUUCUUCUUCUUUUUUUGAGGGCCACACCUGAGGGGUAUGGAGGUUCCCAGGCUAGGGAUCAAAUUGGAGCUGUAGCUACCAGCCUACACUACAGCCAUAGCAAUGCAAGACCCAAGCCGAAUCUGUGGCCUACACCACAGCUCACAACAAGGCCAGAUCCUUAACCCAUUGAGUCGGGGCCAGGGAUCAAACCUGCAUCCUCAUGGAUACUAGUCAGAUUCAUUACUGCUGAGCCACAAUGGAAACUCCAAGAACCCAGCUUGGUUUUGCCUUUCCUCUCCACCAUCCUCUGCCUGCUGGCCAUUUGACCCUAUGUGUGAAACCUCAUGGUCACGAUAUGGCUGCCAAAGUGCCGAGCAUCAAUUUUUUUUCCAAAGGAUGUGAAAUGGGGAAGGAACAGUCACAGAAGGUUGUCUUCCUGAAAGGUCUGUUGUUUUUAGUUGGAAAGGGAAGUCCUCCAGCAGAUUUACCAUCAUUCCACAUUGAUCAAACCUGGGUCACAUGCCCAUCCCAGCAUGAGUCCUCUAUUAUGGCUGGGGAAGGAAGGGCCUACUCCCACAGAAGGACUCCCCACAGCCUCUUGAACACAAAAUUGGAAUUCUGUUAGCUCAGAGAAGGAAGGCGAUGAUGGUGGGAUGAGAGAUGGUUGAUAGAAACCUUGGCACAGGGUUCCAUCAAGGCUGUUUUAGGGAGUUCUGGAACCUUGUGGCUCAGUGGGUUGAGAACCUGACUUAGUCUCUGUACGGAUGCGGAUUCAAUCCCUGGCUUUGCUCGGUGGGUUAAAGAUCCGGCAUUGCUGUGGCUGUGGUAGGCUGGCAGCUGCAGCUCUGAUUCACCCCUAGCACAGGAACUUCCAUAUCCCACAGGUGCAGCUAUUGAAAAAAGAAAAAAAAAAAAAAAGGCAAGGAGAAAAAGUGUUUUAGUUGCAAGGAAUAGAAAUUGUACUCCAGGAGUUCUCCUCUUGGCUCAGUGGUUAAUGAAUCCAACUAGGAACCACGAGGUUACAAGUUUAAUCCCUGGCAUCGCUCAGUGGGUUAAGGAUCCGCUGUUGCUGUGGCUCUGACAUAGGCUGGCAGCUAUAGCUCUGAUUUGACCCCUAGCCUGGGAACCUCCAUAUGCCAUAGGUUCGGCCCUAGAAAAGACAAAAAGAAAGAAGAAAUUGUACUCCAGUUAAUUCAAAUUAAUAAACACAGCUUGGAGUUCUCUGGUGGUUCAGUGGGUUAAGAAUCCAGCAUUGUCACUGCUAUGGCUCAGGUCACUGCUGUGGUAUGGGUUGGACCCCUGGCCUGGGAACUUCUGCAUGAUGAAAGCAUGGCCAUAAAAAAAAAAAAAAAAGUACAGCUUUAUUAUAAGGCUAGGAACAGAAGUUAUUUUCCUAUAGGGGACAGCUGGGGAAUAUAAAUGUGGGGAAAUGGAAGUGUAGGGAGCAGCAGGAAGAGGGGAAGACAGUGGCAGAGUAGGGGACAAAGGCCCUGUUCAAAGAGGGAGGCUGCUCCUCGGCUCCAGCUGAUUUUGUUGUACCAUUGGCUCUCCUGAUGUUCAAGACAGGAAUCUGGAUUCUUAUGUGAAAUCUCCAAAUUUUGGUAUGUUGGAUCAAAAUCUGUUUUAAUUUUCGUGUGUUGGAUCAUUUAAACUUUUUAGUGUGUGAGUCCAAUAAAAUUCAUCUGCAGGCCAGGUUUGGUUGAUGGGUGACCAGUUUGCAGCCUCUGAAAAGCUAGAAAGAUCUUGGAAAUAAAAAGGAACAGGGACUUGGAGAGCCACCGGGGCCUGAGGUGGCCCCCUCUCUGGAUCUGUGGCCCCGGUUUCUGUCCCUCUCUGCAGGCCAGUUUCCUUCUUCCCGUGGCUGCUGCAUGUGCCCAACCACACGUCUGGCUCCCACUCACCAGGGCUCAGCUCUGCAAACAUAUCUGAAUCAGCUGCUCAAUGUCCAGCUUCCAGAGUCUCAGGAGAGGAAGCUGAUUGGCCCAGUUCAGUGUUGGUUCAAUCCUGGUCCCAAUAGGUUCGGGCAGGGAGAGGUGGGGUCAAGAGGUGUGCCCUUGGCGGCUUUGGCCAUGACCGUUACUGGUAUGCCUGGAACCCCCCACGACACACAGGUAAUUCUCAAGUCUGUUCCUUGUAACUCUAUUACGGGUCACGUCAUGGUAUGGAGUUGGUAUACAAGGAAUAUCCACCAUGUAUCCGGAGUGAUAGUCAACACUGAGGAUGUAAAAAAGAAUUAAGGAGUUCCCGUCGUGGUGCAGUGGUUAACGAAUCCGACUAGGAACCAUGAGGUUGUGGGUUCGGUCCCUGGCCUUGCUCAGUGGGUUAACGAUCUGGCGUUGCCGUGAGCUAUGGUGCAGGUUGCAGACGUGGCUCGGAUCCCGCGUUGCUGUGGCUCUGGUGUAGGCCGAUGGCUACAGCUCCGAUUGGACCCCUAGCCUGGGAACCUCCAUAUGCCGUGGGAGCAGCCCAAAGAAAUAGCAAAAAGACAAAAAAAAAAAAAAAAGAAUUAAGACAUGGUUCUCACAGUGCAGUGGAGGAAACACAGAUCAUGAGAACACAGUGUGUUACAGGUGCUAAUGGACGGAUGCAGAGUGUUGUGGGCGGCACACAGGUUGCCAUCCCCACACUCUAGAACAUUCUGAAGCCCACUCAAAGAUUUGGUGUUUGUGGUCAGACUUAGUCACUGUUGGUACUUUACUGUACUCUGAAUCCUUGACAAUUUAACAUCUAGAUACAUUAUGUAUUAUCAUUGUCUAUUAAUCAAGAAUAUUUGAGGAGUUCCUGCCGUGACGCAGUGGGUUAAGAAUCUGACUACAGUGGCUUGGGUCACUGCAGAGGCACAGGUUUGAUGCCUGGCCUGGUGCAAUGGCUUAAAGGAUCUGGUGUUGCUGUAGCUGCAGUGUAGGUCACAGCUGUGGCUCAGAUUCAGCCCCUGGUCUAGGAACUUCCAAAUGCUGUGGGUGCAGCCAUAACAAAAAAAAAUGUUUGAUGAUAGGAGAUCCCAAUAUAGCACAGUGGGUUAAAGGAUCUGGCAUUGUCUUUGCAGUGGUUUGUGUCACUGCUGAGGCAUGGGUUUGAUCCCCAGCCCAGGAACUUCCAUAUGCCGUGAGUGCAACCAAAAAAAAAAAAAAAAGAUAUUUCAUGAUGAACCACUUCAUAUACCCCUACCCCCACCAGGCCAAAGAACAGAGCACUUCCUAAAUUCAUCAAUAAGAACACAAUUCUACUCACAAUUGCAUCAAAAAACUAACACUUAGGAAUAAAUUUAACAGGUAUGCAAGACUUAAGCAAACUACAAAACAUUACUGCAUAAUCAAAGAUGUAAAUAAAUGGAAGAGACAGCCCAUGACUAUGGAUCAGCAGACUUAAAAUUGUUAGGGUAUCAACCAGUACACCCUCAAAUUACUCUUAUCAAUUCAACACAAUCCCUAUCAAAAUCCCACCUGGCUUUUUUGGGCAGGAAUUGGCAAGCUGAUUGUAAGACGCAAAGGACCAGAAUAGCCAAAAAAAAAAAAAA